CAUCAAUCCUAGGAAGCCACUCAUUGGCCUUGGAGCUUUUCGGCCACGCCCUCUGACCCUUGAUUACAUCGCCAUAUUGAGAAGAUAUGGCUCAUCCGGAGGCUACUUCCCUUGAAGAACCUGUGGUCAGGGCCCAGCGGUUCCAGUUCUCUGAGGAGUCAGGACCCAGAGGGAAAAGGGAAGUCCUGGAGGUCCAUAUUCCCCAGGUUCUGCAUUUCCAAUAUGGUAUGUACAUCUGGCCCUGUGCUGUUGUCUUGGCUCAAUACAUUUGGCAUCACAGAAGGAAUCUCACUGGCAAAGCCCUAUUAGAGAUUGGAGCAGGGGUAAGUCUCCCUGGCAUAGUAGCUGCCAAAUGUGGUGCUGAAGUAAUAUUGUCCGACAGCUCUGAGCUGCCUCAUUGUAUAGAAAACUGUCGGCAAAGUUGCUGGAUGAAUGACUUGCCCAAGAUAAGUAUCAUUGGGCUCACCUGGGGUCACAUCUCUCCAGAGCUAUUGGCUCUCCCUGCUUUGGAUAUCAUUCUGGCUUCUGAUGUAUUUUUUGACCCAGAAGACUUUGAAGAUAUUUUAACUACAGUGUACUACCUAGUACAAAGGAACCCUCAUGUCCAGUUGUGGACUACUUACCAAGUUCGAAGUGCCGAGUGUUCACUUGAAGCUUUGCUCUACAAGUGGGAGCUGCAAUGUAUCCAUAUUCCUCUGGAGUCUUUUGGUGCCGACAAAGAACAUCUAGCAGAAUCUGCCCUUCCAGGAAGACAUACUGUUGAAAUGAUGAUCAUUUCUUUGGCAAAGAAUGUCCUCUGAAGUGUUCCUAUGUCUCCAGCAAAUAAGUCCUAUAUGCUUCUUUUGAACAAUAUCACAAUUCUGUUUAGUGUGCUUGCUGCAUAGUAAAGCCACUAACAAGCCCACCCUUCUCAAUAGGAACCAGGAAUAAAAAUUUGCAGAGUAUUAAAAAAAAAAAAAAGAAAAAAGUAAAAAAGAAAAGAAAAAAAAAACACCCUAAUUUCCUAACCAUAUUUAUGUUUAUUCACUUGGCUCGGAUAAAAUAAAAGCUUUAGUGUAAACCAAAGCAUGCAACUACCAUAAUAAAUUUUACUUAACUAUUAAAUCUUUAGUCCCAAGAGGUUAAGUACUUGGUGACUUUUACCCUUUUAACAGGUGAAAAAUACAAAUGGCCAAUGCAGGAGCUGUUGACAGGCUACUUUGGUACCUUGGUUUUAGUAAUUACUUGGGUAUGUGCCAAUUUGGCAGUAAAUACCCGAUUUUAACGUAAGGGGGAGAAAAAA